AUGGCUUCACUAAGAGAAUAUAUUGAUAGGAACCUAGAGUGUCCAGUCUGCCUGGGCUUUCUGAAGGAUCACCGAAUUCUGUCAUGCUCCCAUACCUUCUGCAGGGGUUGUCUUGAGUUUCUACUCAACUCUCAACAGGAUAAACAAAACAUAUUCUGUCCAGUAUGCCGAGAAACCACACCAAUUCCAGAUGGUGACGCUGGUGGAUUGCCGAUGAGCAAAGCAUUCCAGUCUAUGGUAGCGGAAGUAACGGCUGAGAACGAUAAAGAAAUUAAUGUCAAUGAUUUACAACGAGCUAACGUUGCAUUGAAGAGACCCUGUACGUGCGAUGAACAUAUGGAUGGUGAUGAGGAAUGUUUCUGCGCCAACUGCGGGAAGUACAUAUGCUACAAGUGUGGCAUUGGUGAGCAUGUGCAGGAGGGACACACGGUCAUGGACGUUGAACGCCAUAAAGAUGUCGUGAAAAGCAAUGUUAAUGAACUGUUGACGAAAGCAGCUACAAAGAAAUGUGACAUCGAAAAAUACAUUGCCUGUAUAGCUGAACAAUGGGAAACAUGUGAGAAGGUAGAUAAGGAACUCCAUGACGACAUCAACCAAGCUUUUGAGAAAUCUGUUGCAGAGCUGAUGGAGCGUAAGGAGCUCCUUAAGAGCAAAGUUGUGAAUGAACUGAAGAAGAUAAAAACGUCAUUACUAGAAAUGGAAAAGAUCACUAAUCAGCAAGUGACAUAUAUCAACAAGGUUAGUGAGCUAGUAAGAGGGGGUUUAAAAGGUUUCCUGCAGAAAGCCUCUCUUCUGAAAGCACACGAAACCCUUUGUGAAGAGCUGGAAAAGCUUUUGAAGGAAUCAGAACCUGAUCAGGAAGGGCUAAGAAGAUUGACUCACCAAAGUGAACGCAUUCGCUUUGAAAGCGACAACCGAACAGCCAGAAAUCUCUUGGACUGCGUUCGCCGAGGAAAACAAUGGAGAUUGGUGGCAGACAAGCAGCUGCCAUCAGCUAAUAGCAUGGAUAGUUUAGCAGUAUCUCCAAACAACGACAUAUCCGUUGGUUGCCAUGCAGGAGGAAUAGUCACAUAUUCUGCUAAUGGUACAUUACAAGAUAGAGUUCUGCUGAAUGUUUUAGUUCGGGGCUUACAAUAUAGGCCAGAUGGCUGCUAUAUUGUACGGAAAGGUGAAAAUAACAUUAUCACUCUCUAUACCCCAAAAUGUAAGAAACUUGCCCUGUCAUUUGACACACUGGAUAAUGUGAAGGGUGGCAUUGGUGGCUUAGCACGGGGUCGAGAUGGCCACAUUUUCAUCGGUUACAGGAAACUAAAAGAGAUACACGUGUUCAAUGCAAAAGGUGGGAUACCAAUCAGAGAGAUAAAGUGUGAUGGAUACGAACCUCAACAGAUCUUCUCACUAUCGACAAGCAACAAGCUCUUGGUAAGAGACUUAAAUGCAAUAAGGGUGGUCGACAGCAUAUCAGGAACCAUCCUGCAUAGCGUCACCAAGGAAGCCCUCUCUGGAUUCCCAUGUUUGUGCACUGAUGACACGGUUCUCAUUGCAUGGGUUAACAACAAGGAAUGUGUGGCAAACAUCUCUCUUUACACAAGUGAGCUCAAAAUGAUGAAAACCAUCAUCAGUGACUUUCACUUUCAAAUCUCGGAAAGAAAGUGGUACUUUCUCCAAACAUUCAAGAGUGGGGAGAUAGCUUUCUGUACUCCAGACAGACUCUACAUCUUCCGGGAGUCACUAUAGAGUGAUACACAUCUAAUUAUUCAUAAUUUGUGUAUCUAAAUCGCCGAUACACAUGAGAAUAAUACGUAUCUAUGAAUUAGUAACCAGCUGUAGUAUGUAGAUAGAUAGAUGGCGCUA